AAGCACGAGAUUCCCAUGGACUACCCCUCCGCGCGCGGUUCGCAGCCACACGUCUGCCCCGUCUCUCCCCCCCUCCUAGCCCACCACUCUACUGCAUCGCUACCACGCUCACCUUGCAUCACCAGCGCCCGGUCCAGCAGAUACAAGAACCACACCGCGCGCGCCUACCGGAGGGGCACCGGAGCGCCGGACAUGUCGGCCGCCGGUGACAGGGAUCUGCGGGAGCUGGCGCCGCUGGAGGCGAUCCUGUUCGACAUCGACGGCACCCUCUGCGACUCGGAUCCCUUCCACUUCCUCGCCUUCCGCGAGCUGCUGCAGGAGGUUGGUUUCAACAAUGGAGUCCCCAUCACCGAGGAGUUCUACAGCGCCAACAUCAGCGGGUGGCACAACGACGCCCUCGCCGGUGCUCUGUUCCCGGAGCUCGAGCACGCCAAGGGCAUGGAGUUCAUGGAUCGCAAGGAAGCCCUGUUCAGAAAGUUAGCGGCAGGAGAGCUCAAGGGACUGGACGGCCUGCAGGAACUGUGCACAUGGAUCGAAGGCCGCAACCUGAAGCGGGCGGCGGUGACGAACGCGCCGAGGGCGAACGCGGAGCUCAUGCUGUCGCUCCUCGGCCUUACCAGCUUCUUCCCGGUGCUCGUCAUCGGGAGCGAGUGCGAGCGGGCCAAGCCGUCCCCGGACCCGUACCUCAAGGCCCUCGAUCUCAUCGGCGCGUCGCCCGAUCACACGUUCAUCUUCGAGGACUCCGCGUCCGGGAUCCGGGCCGGCGUCGCCGCCGGCGUGGCCGUGGUGGGCCUGACCACCGGGAACCCGGAGAAGGUGCUGAGGGACGCGGGGGCGAGCCUACUGAUCGAGGAUUUCCGGGACCCGAAGCUGAUGGCCGUGCUUCAGGAGCUGGACCCUGCACCUGCAGAUAAGCAAGGCUGAUGUUCGCGGACAUGCUUGCUAACUGGACACGGGGGACUAGUCGGUGAUCCCCAUUUUUUUUAAUUUCAAUAUUUCAUCGUGCACGAGCAUGAAUAAUUCUGCAACUAUUUAACUUCCCCCGAUGCGCGAAUGCGUGAUCAGAAGAGUUGAGCGCACACUCCUUGGA